ACACAGAAUUCUCACUCUCUACAAAACCUCCUCUCCAAGCAAUCUUGUCGACGAAAUCGAAAUCCAAGAGACGCUCCGUAAAUCUUUGGCAGGUCCGACAUGGCGACAGCAAUGGUGACCUCCGCCGGUGGGCUAUUGGCGAUGCUCAACGAAAGCCAUCCUUUGCUGAAGCAGCACGCUCUCUCUAACCUAAACAAUUGUGUCGACCAGUUCUGGCCUGAGAUCUCCACCAGCGUACCCAUCAUAGAAAGCUUAUAUGAAGAUGAAGAGUUUGACCAGCAUCAAAGACAACUUGCUGCAUUGCUUGUUUCUAAGGUCUUCUAUUACUUGGGUGAACUGAACGAUUCAUUAUCAUAUGCGCUUGGAGCAGGUUCCCUGUUUGAUGUUUCUGAGGAUUCUGAUUAUGUUCACACUCUUCUUGCAAAGGCUAUAGAUGAAUAUGCCAGUCUGAAGACUAAGUCCAUGGAGUCCAGUGAUGCUGUAAACAUAGACCCCAGGUUGGAGGCGAUUGUGGAGAGAAUGCUGGACAAUUGUAUUCUUGAUGGAAAGUACCAACAAGCCAUGGGGAUCGCAAUUGAAUGUCGAAGAUUGGACAAACUUGAGGAAGCAAUAACAAGAAGUGAUAAUGUUCACGGAACACUAUCUUACUGUAUUAAUGUCUCUCAUUCCUUUGUCAAUCGCAGGGAAUACCGUAAUGAGGUUCUUCGUCUUCUUGUUAAAGUGCAUAAAAAAAUGCCUUCUCUUGAUUAUCUGAGCAUUUGCCAAUGUCUGAUGUUCUUGGGUGAACCUGAAGGUGUUGCAAACAUAUUGGAAAAGCUUCUGCGCUCUGAAAAUAAGGACGAUGCUCUCCUAGCAUUUCAAAUAGCCUUUGAUCUUUUGGAGAAUGAGCACCAGUCUUUUCUUCUAAAUGUGAGAGAUCAUCUUUCGGCACCAAAGUCUCAACUGCUGGAAGCUGUGCAGCCAGGGUCGACCAAUCCAGAUGCUGUUCAAAGUGAAAAUGCAACCACUCCAGAGGAUGUUCAAAUGAUAGAUGGGACUCCUGCUUCAACAGAGAGUUCACGUGAAACAGAUCCAAAAGAAGUGAUAUAUGGUGAGAGGCUGACCAAAGUUAAGGCAAUCUUGUCUGGAGAGACAGCAAUACAGUUGGCGCUACAAUUUUUAUACAGUCAUAACAAGUCGGAUCUUCUUAUCCUGAAGACAAUUAAGCAGUCUGUUGAGAUGAGAAAUAGUGUGUGUCACAGUGCAACAAUUUAUGCUAAUGCAAUUAUGCAUGCUGGAACAACUGUAGAUACAUUUCUCAGAGAGAAUCUGGACUGGUUGAGCAGAGCUACAAAUUGGGCAAAAUUUAGUGCAACAGCUGGGCUUGGUGUUAUUCACAGAGGCCAUCUGCAGCAGGGGAGGUCAUUGAUGGCACCGUACUUGCCCCAAGCUGGGGCUGGUGGUGGUGGUAGUCCCUAUUCAGAAGGUGGUGCCCUCUAUGCACUGGGUCUCAUUCAUGCAAACCAUGGGGAGGGAAUCAAACAGUUUCUUCGAGAUAGCCUCCGUAACGCUAGUGUGGAGGUUAUUCAACAUGGUGCAUGUUUAGGUCUUGGUUUGGCAGCUUUAGGAACUGCUGAUGAAGAUAUCUAUGAUGACAUCAAAAGCGUUCUCUAUACUGACAGUGCUGUUGCUGGCGAAGCUGCUGGCAUUAGUAUGGGCCUACUUAUGGUUGGAACUGCCAGUGAGAAGGCCAGUGAGAUGCUUGCUUAUGCUCAUGAGACACAACACGAGAAGAUUAUUAGAGGUUUAGCAUUGGGGAUAGCCCUUACUGUCUAUGGUAGAGAAGAAGAAGCAGACACAUUAAUUGAGCAGAUGACUCGGGAUCAAGAUCCCAUUCUGCGUUAUGGCGGUAUGUAUGCCCUGGCGCUGGCCUACAGUGGAACAGCAAAUAACAAGGCGAUCCGGCAGCUGCUGCACUUUGCUGUAUCUGAUGUUAGUGACGAUGUCAGGAGGACUGCUGUACUAGCACUUGGGUUUGUACUUUAUUCUGAGCCCGAGCAGACCCCUCGAAUUGUUUCUCUACUGUCCGAGUCUUACAACCCACAUGUUAGAUAUGGCGCUGCUCUUGCCGUAGGUAUCUCUUGUGCGGGCACCGGUCUCCGUGAGGCUAUAGCAUUGCUGGAGCCCCUAACUUCAGAUGUUGUAGAUUUUGUUCGUCAAGGUGCCCUCAUUGCAAUGGCAAUGGUCAUGGUCCAGAUAAAUGAAGCUAGUGAUUCUCGUGUUGGAGCAUUUAGGCGACAAUUGGAAAAAAUUAUUCUCGAUAAGCAUGAAGACACUAUGAGCAAGAUGGGAGCAAUCCUAGCCUCGGGAAUCCUUGAUGCUGGAGGAAGGAAUGUGACUAUUAGGUUACUUUCCAAGGCGAAACAUAAUAAGAUUACUGCUGUUGUUGGCCUUGCUGUCUUCAGCCAGUUUUGGUACUGGUAUCCCCUUAUCUAUUUCAUAAGUCUUUCUUUCUCUCCUACGGCUCUUAUUGGACUGAAUUCUGAUCUGAAAGUUCCAAAGUUUGAGUUUUUAUCACAUGCCAAACCGUCACUGUUUGAGUAUCCAAAACCAACGACUGUACCUACCGCCACCUCGGCUGUAAAACUCCCCACUGCAGUUUUGUCAACAUCAGCAAAGGCCAAAGCUAGGGCCAAGAAAGAGGCAGACCUGAAGGCUAAUGCUGAAAAGGCAGCAGCGGUGGAGUCUUCAUCUGCUGGCCCAAAUACUGGAAAAGGAAAAUCAUUUAGUGAGAAAGAUGGAGACUCCAUGCAGGUUGACAGCCAGCCAGAGAAGAAAGCAGAGCCUGAGCCUUCUUUUGAAAUUUUGACCAACCCAGCCAGGGUGACUCCGGCUCAGGAGAAAGUGGUUAAAUUUCUAGAAGACAGCAGAUAUGUGCCAGUGAAGUUGGCGCCUUCAGGGUUUGUCCUCCUAAGGGACUUACGACCUACUGAGCCUGAGGUACUUUCUCUUACAGAUUCACCUUCAUCUACUGCAACACCUGGUGGUGGAUCAGCUACAGGACAACAGGGUUCUGCGUCGACCAUGGCCAUCGACGAUGAACCUCAGCCUCCUCAGCCCUUUGAGUACACAUCUUGAUUCUGGUGGUGGUUUCUGUACUAAAAACGAUGAUUUACUUCGUGGAGUCGGAAUCUAGCAGAGAUAUGACCAACCACUUUCAUAAACUGUUUCAUUUUCAUGUCUGAAUUGAAAGGAGGAAGCGGCAGUUUGUCAGGUGACUUGGUGAUAUUCUUAGUAAUACCUUUUCCUGUAAGGGUCAUUGAUUUGGCUUCAAAUCCAGUUUCAAGUAUAUUUUCCUCCUUUCCUAGAAGCUUAGUGGUGGUUUUCCAUUGGCAGUGGUUUCUCUGCCCUAGCUGACGGUGAUUGAUACCUGCGCGGUUUUAAUUAUUGUGUAACUUAAAGAACAUUCUUAAAUUGUAUUCGAUUUUAGGGGCUGCAUCUCACAUUUGUACUAUGUUAUUAUGUUUUUUUACUCCUUAAUUUGAACACGUUGCUCCGGUAAACUAGUGUUUUGCUUUGAA